UAUGUCACAAAUUACUCUAUGUCACUUUACAACAGUAAACUCUUUCGAAAGACAUAGACACGAUUGUACAAAUAUAAAUAAAUGUAGAGUCGUAUUACCGGAUGAAAAAGAUGAAAUUUAAAAAUUAUAAGUAUAAAGAACCUGUUCCGUUUACCGUUUAUGCGGACAUCGAGUGUAUGUUAAAGCCAAUUGCGGAUAAGUCUAAUUCGUUAAACACAACUCUCUAUCAAAGACACGUUCCACACACUGUAGCGUACUAUUUACAAUGUAACUUUGAUGACUCUAUUUCUAAAUUUAGACCUUAUCGUGGAAAAGAUUGCGUGGAAUGGUUUAUGAAUCAAUUAAAGGAAUUAGCUCAAGUUGUAGAGUUUUACCUAAAACGUAUCGUACCAAUGGAAUCUCUAAAUUUCAAACAAAGAAAUGAAUUUUACUCGGCCAAGAUUUGUCAUGUUUGUGAAAAACCGUUUACACCUCAGGAUGCCAAGCAUCGUGAUCAUUGCCAUUUUACAGGCAAAUAUCGCGGUGCUGCACAUCAGGGGGUGUAAUUUGAACUAUAAGAACUCACAUACCGUUCCUGUUGUAUUUCAUAACUUAUCUGGUUAUGAUUCACACUUCAUGAUUAGAGCUCUAGCUACAUCUUUCGAGGGUUCAAUAAAUCUCUUACCAGUAAACAAAGAAAGAUACAUAUCUUUCACGAAGAGCGUCAAAGAUACGAUUGUAAAUUUCAGAUUUAUCGAUUCAUUUAGAUUUAUGCCGAGUAGUAUUGACAAAUUAGCAUCCUAUUUGAAAGAUGGUGAAAAAUUAAUUACGCGUAAACAUUGUAAUAAUGUAGAGGAAUUCCAUUUAUUGACUAGAAAAGGUGUUUUUCCCUACGAAUAUAUUGAUAAUUGGAAAAAACUCAAAGAGGAUAAAUUACCUACAAAAGAAGAAUUUUAUUAAAAAUUAAAUAACGAAGGAAUCUCAGAAUCAGAUUAUGACCACGCUUGCAAUGUUUGGCAAACUUUUUGCAUCGAAAUAUUAGGCGAAUAUUCUGAUUUGUAUCUGAAAACCGAUGUUCUCCUUCUAGCCGAUAUCUUUGAAAACUUUAGACGCAACUGUUACAUCAUAUACAAUUUAGAUCCUCUACACUAUUACACUGCACCGGGCCUUGCUUUCGACGCUAUGCUCAAGUGUACGGGUGUGGAACUUGAGCUGCUGACUGAUGUAGAGAUGUUGUUGUUUAUCGAGAGAGGUAUCCGAGGUGGCGUAGCUCAAUGCUCCAACAGAUACGCCAGGGCCAACAAUAGGUACAUGGGAGCUGAUUUCGAUCCAAGCAAAGAGGAAUCGUAU